AUUCCAGUUGGAACAUCUCCAGAACCUGGAUUAGUGGUUAACUAUCUCCAUACAUUGAAAGCCUCUGAAGAGUUGUUGAAGGAACAGCUUGAGAAGGCAAAGAAAAAGGAAGCUGCUUUCAUUGUAACUUUUGCAAAACGUGAGCAGGAGAUAGCGGAAUUGAAGUAUGCAGUUCGUGAUCUGAGGGCACAGUUGAAGCCACCAUCAAUGCAGGCAAGGAGAUUGUUGCUUGACCCAGCAAUACAUGAGGAGUUUGCACGUUUAAAGAAUUUGGUGGAGGAAAAGGAGAAGAAAGUGAAAGAGUUGCAGGAUAAUGUUGCUGCUGUAAAUUUUACGCCGCAAAGUAAGAUGGGGAAGAUGCUGAUGGCCAAAUGUAGAACCCUGCAGGAGGAGAAUGAGGAGAUUGGAAUGAUGGCUUCUGAAGGAAAGAUCCAUGAGUUAGCAAUGAAGCUUGCUUUGCAGAAAGCCCAAAAUGCAGAACUCCGAAGCCAAUUUGAAGGAUUAUAUAAACAGAUGGAAGGAUUGACCAAUGACAUGGAUAAAUCCAAUGAAAUGGUGCUUAUUUUACAACAAAAACUAGAAGAAAAGGAUUCUGAACUUCAAAGAAUGAGGGACAAACACUACCAGAAAGAACUGACAGUAGAAGAUAACGUUGACUCUGCUGGCGAUGUGAAAAUGAGCAAUGUCAAUUUGGACUAAAAGCUGGAAAUUGAAAUUUGCAAGUAGCAAUAGAAAUUAAUGAGUUUUGUCUUUAUGUAGAUUGAAGUUUAGCAUAGAUUGUGCUCCACGAACUUUGAUUAUAUGAACUUAUCUAAGAUUAAAUCUGAGCUCGUCCUUUGCAA